CUAUAAAAAGAAGCCAACGGUUGCGUGCAUUACCAACACUUGUUGCAGAACGCGCUUUUUGUGUACAAUUUUGUAGAAAUUUAUCCAAUCUGCUCCGAAAUGGUCGAUAGCAAUGUGCCCGCCUUCGAGCUCGGCGAUGCCCUAGCCACUCGUUGUGGCAACACACUUACCGGCGUUUUUUUGCCGGGCUCGAGGAUCGCACUUAGCGCAUAUCGGCAUGUGACGCACAGAUCGCGGGAUGCCCCCACCGAGACGGCUGGCCAGGAUCCGGUGCUCGUCUACCUGGCACAGGAAUCCACGCUUUUCGACGAGCCGGUGCUGCGCAGCGUCUUGGCGGAGUCGAACGCCACUUUUGCCACCCUUCAGCAAUUGGGUCUGCGGGCCACUCGCGCCGAGUACGUGAAGCUAUCGAGGGUAUACCGGAGCAUUGUGCGCGCUUGCCUGGAGAAGCUUGAGCAGGCCAAGAAGUCGCCGGAGGUGCAGACAGAUGAGGCACGACUGCGCCGCUUCACCGAUGCCAUCAUGGUUUUCUAUGCGGCCGAAUGCCUGUGGCAUCUCUUCGAGAUUCUCUACAUCCAAAACAAUCAACUGGUGGUACCCCAACUGCUCGACUGGGCGCGCUUUCAUUCUUCUCAAGCGGAGGACCGAGCCACUGAUCUGCUGCUGAUGGCCGAGGAGGCCAGCGAGUCGGAUAACUAUUGGAGCAUCCUCAAGUCGCUAAUCAUGUUGGGCGUAAUAGACGUGACGCGCGCCAUUCUCUCACAGAAUCGCAAGGCUGGGCAGCCGGCCUUUAAGGCGGCCGAGCUGAUCCUCAAGUCCAUGCCUGUGUACCAAGAGGGCUAUGCCCUACAGAAGUUCCACUCGCAGUGGGAGUACUGGCACGUGGACACGGAGCGUAAGAUCCAGACCGGUAUAUUCGCCACUGAGCCAGAACUAGAGCAGAUCUUGCGACUGGUUACCGGCAACAACGAGCAGUGGGAUGCUGCCAUCAAGGAGUCCCACGAUUGUUAUGAAUACCUGCCGGGAUAUCUGCUCUUCACGAAGCCCACCUGCAAACCCUUCGAGCUGAGAAUUGCAGCCGCCAAUUGGCUGAAUCGCUGGCAUCUGCUGCGGCCGGAAAAGGCGCACUCCAGCAUGAACCGCAUGAUUGCACAGCUAAUGGAUCACGAUAUAAAAAUGUUCAUAUACGAGGCUCAGAAGCUGAACGAUACCCACUGGUUCUCCACGCACCUGAUUGAUCUAAUCCACCAUUGCGGUCAGCUUAAGAGCUACUUUGACCAGAACAACAUAGAUCUGCCGGCCCUGCGUCACUCAAUGAUCUACGAGUAUGGCAGCUAUCUGAUGACUUCGCACAAUCUGUGGCAGUUGGGCAUCGACUAUCUAGAGUGCUGCAAGCAGGAGGGCCAGGCGGCCAUCGAGCUCCUUCUACCCCGCAUCACUUUGCGCAAUGAGCGGCAGGCCACCAAGCUGAUCAACCUAGCCAGGCAGCGUGGACUCAAAGGCGUUGAGCAGGAGAUCUGCAAAGUGCUAUCGAAGCGUUCCUACGAUGCACAGCGUUACGGCAAUGCCCUGGAGUGGGCCAUUCGCUCCAAAGACUUGCUGCUGGUCACAGCGGUUGCGGAUUUCAUUUUAAAGCAUUACUCGAGGACCGGAAAUAUGCUUUGUCCGGACACUAUAGCCAAUGUGGGAGGCCGAAUGUUUAUCUCACCGCGCUUGGUUUUCCUCUCCAAGUACUAUGAGUUCUACGAAUUCUAUAGAACGCGCGAUUUUAUGUCUGCCUCUGAGCUUUUGGUGAAUCUGCUGCAAUCCAGAAUCACCCCAGACUAUUUCUGGCCCUCAUUGCUCAUUGACGCCAUGCCGCUGCUGGAGUCAAAAGAUCAAACAAUUUUAGCCAAGGAAACGGUGGCCAUCCUUCAUCAUGUUGAAACUGAACUGGUGCCCAUCAUCGAGCGCGACGUGUCCAAAUAUGGCAAUCACCACACAGAGACUGUGUUCAAGGACUACCGGGUGGAGAACGUCGAUGAAAUCCUGAACCUCAUGCGCUUGGCCUGCGCCCGCAAUUUGGCCAGGGCAUUGAUCACUGAAAACACUAUGCCGGUGGCGUGAUUUUGAAUGCAUUUUUAGUGUAAUUUAUUUUGUAUUUUUCGCUUUUCCAAUACAUCGUAAUUUGUUAUAGAUUGUAUGCAUUGCUAACUUGUA